AUGCUAAAAGAAAUGGGGACUAAUAAUCACAACUUUAUCCUCCACCUCCUCCGUCUCACCGCCGCCGUGCUCAGCCUCUCCACCACCGCCUUUGCAAUCGGAGUAAACUACGGCACCCUCGGGAACAACCUGCCGCCGCCCGCCACGGUGGCCAACUUCCUCAAGACGCAGACGAUCAUCGACAGCGUGAAGCUCUUCGACGCCAACCCGGACGUCCUUCGAGCCUUCGCCGGCAGCGGGCUCUCCGUCACCGUCACGAUUCCCAACGGCCUGAUCCCGUCUCUCGCGGACGUCGGCGCGGCCCGCGGGUGGAUAAAUGACAACAUUGCCCCCUUCCACCCGCAGACCAAGAUCAACCGAGUUCUCGUGGGGAACGAGAUAAUGGCCACCCUCGACGAUAAUUUGAUUUCCAAUCUCGUCCCCGCCAUGAAAGCUGUUCAUCAAGCUCUGGUCCAGGCCGGCAUUAACGACGUUCAGGUAACAACAGCCCACUCAAUGGGCAUCCUCAAAGCCUCCGACCCACCAAGCGCCGGCCAGUUCUGGCCCGGCCACGACGUCACAGUCUACGCACCGAUGCUCGAAUUCCUCCGCCAGACCAAAGCCCCAUUCACCGUCAACCCGUACUCCUACUUCGGCUACUCCCCACAGAUGGCAAACUACGCCCUCUUCCGGCCCAACCCGGGGGUCCACGACCCGGUCACGGGGAUCACAUACACCAACAUGUUCGACGCCACCCUCGACGCCACCUACACCGCCAUGAGGAAGCUGGGCUUCCCCGACGUGGGCCUCCUCGUCGGCGAGACGGGCUGGCCCACUCUUUGUCUCCCCGGGCAGCUGGAGUGCACGGUGGAGAACGCCGCGUGGUACAAUUCCGAGCUCGUCAGACGGAGCGUUGACGGGGUGGGGACGCCGUUGGUGCCCAAUAAGAGGAUCGGGAUUUUCUUGUUUGCUUUGUUUAAUGAGAACGAGAAGCCCGGCCCGAUUACGGAGCAGAAUUGGGGCCUGUUUAGGCCCGAUAUGACUCCCGUUUAUCACUGCGGCGUCUUGCGCUCCGAACAGCCUCUGGCUCCCAUCGGGCGUCAGGGCGGCCGCAAAACCCACAAAGGCAGCGCUGGUGGCGCAACUCCGGCGAUGCCGGUGCCAGCCGCCGGUGGCGGGAAGAAAUGGUGUGUGGCCAAGGCCGGAGCAGCGGCUCCGACAUUGCAGGCAAACAUAGACUAUGCAUGCGGGAAUGGAGCGGAUUGCAAGCCCAUCCAGCCAGGAGGCCCGUGCUUCGAGCCCAACAACGUUGUGGCCCAUGCUACUUUCGCCAUGAACUCUUACUAUCGGGCCAAAGGUAGCCUGGACUCCACUUGUUAUUUCUCCAACACCGGCGUUGUCACCGCCGUCGAUCCAAGUAACGCUAAUUGUAAGUUCCCGUAA